AUGGCUUAUUCUGACCAAAAUAGCCUCAACAAAAGUAUAAGCCAUGCCAAUUCCACAUCCAUAUUCAGUCAGGCCCUCCGUAAAUUAUCAUUCCGACGAAAGAAGUUACCGGUAAUUCAGCUCGGAGCUGGAGGGAAGAAGCACCGGCGAAGAUUCCUUCUGUUGAGGAUUUUCCGACGAGUCCGAAUAUUAAAGGGGCUGAAAUUGCACUACUCAAAUAUGGCGAAAAAAAUAAAAGAAUUUUAUUGGUCAGCGGUAAAUGACAUAUUGGAAGGGAACGAAGCAGUUGAUACAUUUCAUCGAAGCCUUGUAUUGCAGAGCUCUUUUGCUAUUCCAAUGUUGGGCCUUACCCCGACUACUUUUUCAAAUCGUAGUGUUAUUUGA